AUGAUCGCUGUGAUCCAGUCUGGUUACGCGAGCCUUGAACCCGCGCCUCGGCGGAGCCACCAGGGUGGCGGCGACUUCACAAGCUGCCCAUAUAUGCCUCGUGAGAACUUUAUUUGGUCACAUGGAAAACAGAACGAGGGAUCUAUGGCUCUGCAUACUAAAGUAUGCCUACUUGUUAUGGGGCCUUUGAUGUCGGCUGUGGGCGCCGGGCGCCGGGCGGCGGGCGGCGCGGCGCGGCGCGGCGGUACACUUUUGUUAUCAUACUUCUGGCAAAGCCGCCAACUUCUUUUA